UAUAGGCAACCGGUCUGUCCCUUCUUCAGCUCUCUGCUUCUCCUUACCCCAACAGGAUGCCCAGAAUCUGCCUUCUUGUCUCCACCCAAACCCAGCACUGAAGGAUACAUACUAUGACCUCUGUGGUCUGAGAGGCCCUGAUGGGAAGGUCUGAUGGGUUCCAGUUUGACUCCACUCAUGAGUCCCACCCUGUCCUUCACUUGCUUCUUACCCCAACUUCCCACACACUCUGUCUCUUCCCCUGGGCCAGAUCACCCUUACAGAUAAGAGGCUAAGAGGAAAAAGGAGGAAGUGGAUCCAUUUGGUCCUCACCUUACCUAGGCUGGAAUGUCAGGUAUAAGUCAAUCCCCAGCCUCAGAAAUAUCUGAGCCUGCUGGGAAGACUCUGUAGCCUCUCUGUCUUGGGCUUGAAGUCCUCUAGAAGGCUACCCAAGGGCUGCUUCCACCAGCCACUCAGUCUCCCAAGAUCUCACAACAUGGUUCCGUGAUUCAUAAUGUCACAGGAUAUUUGAGCUGACCAUGACCCCUUCAUUUUACAGAUGCAGAUAGAAGCUGAGAUUAAAAGGGGGGAGGGGAAUCACAUGCCCAGAGUCACACAAGUAGCAGUGGGACAAAGACAGCUGCCCGGGCUUCCAUUUCCUUUACUAUAAGACUGUAAAAUGAGGACAGUCAGCCUUGGUGAACUCUGAAGUCCUGUCCAGUUCCUGUGCUACACAAACUGUCGCUGCUUUCUGUGGGAUUUACAGCCAAAACUUACAUAAUUCUCUUUAAUCUUCAUGACAAAGCCAUGCUACAGAGAGUUAAUUCUAGGACACGUUCAUUUUAAUUAUUUUAUUACAUUUAUUGGAGGGGGGUGUGCAUGUGGAGGUCAGAGGGCAGUUUUCAGGCGUUGGCUCUCUCCACUAGGGUGCAGGAUCAAACUCAGGCCAUCAAAUUUAGCAGCAAGUACCUUUACUCACAGAGCCAUCUCGACAGCUCGCUGGGACACAUCCACAUGCUGUCUGUCCAAACAGAUUUGAUUAGUAAUGUGUCAUUUAUUUCUAUGAGACUGCAAACUACCAUUUUUACCUUGGGAUACUAAAAGGCUCCUACUGAUCUACCAGCACCCUCAGGGAGGAGAAGGGUUUUAGGUUGUUCCAUUGUCAAAAAGUCACCUGAUUAAGAUGUUGUGAGCCUGGACUGGGGAGACAGCAAUCAGAUGUCCCUUGGCCACUGCAUAGUUCUGUAACUAUAACUCUAGGCUAGCUUGAGCCAGUUGUUGCAGGAAGGGGAAAGGAGUAUGGGUGGGUCAGAAGCCACAGAAAGAUGCUUGCGCAACCCUUAGGAACUGGGAGAUCACCCUUGGUUCUGAGGUUUGUGUCUCUGGUUCCUUCCUCUUCCUCCUCUUCUGCCUCCUUCCCAGUUUCUAGCUCUGGGCCUUUCCUGUUAACACCACGACUCUGGCUGCUUCCAGAUGCACCUUGCAAGGAACUGAGGGGUUGUGGGACAUCCACGAAGAGAUCCUCAAAGAUGUCUCAGAGCCAGCAGAGUCUCUGAACUGUUUGAUCACAUUCCAGCUCUUCCCAUACCUCAAUAUCUGUUGCUAUGGAGACUUCCAACGGGACUGAGACCUGGUACAUGAGCCUCCAUGCUGUGCUGAAGGCUCUGAACACAACCCUUCACAGUCACUUGCUCUGCCGGCCUGGGCCAGGACCAGGGCCAGACAAUCAAACUGAGGAUCGUCGGGCUAGCCUUCCUGGUCGUAAUGACAACUCCUACAUGUAUAUUCUCUUUGUCAUGUUCCUAUUUGCCGUCACUGUGGGCAGUCUCAUCCUGGGAUAUACCCGUUCACGCAAAGUGGACAAACGUAGUGACCCCUAUCAUGUGUACAUCAAGAACCGUGUGUCUAUGAUCUGAUGUGAGGAACCUGAAGACAAUGGAAGAUUACAAUGUCUGAGGAUUGUCUUCUGGUGCCUCCGGAACUCAACUCAACCAUAUCAAGCCACAGUGUAUCUAUGUAAGAUCAACAGGAAACUGGUAAGAGGAUUAGGUCAUUAUUAGGACCAGAGAAGAGGGACUGAUAGGCCCAGUCUUGUGGAUGAGACAUUUUUCGAGACACAGAUGCGCAUUAUAAACUCAGAGCCCAUGAACACAUAUAUAUAAAGUAUGGACAACCAGCAAGUAGAAGAGGAAGCUGUGGCGAAGGGAAAUGGGGCAGAAAGAUGCUCUGGAUAUAUAAUCUUUUAAUGUAUGAUCUUCAACAUGAGAAACCUUGAUAAAACUGAGAAUGCUACUUA